AUGACAUCAGACCCCCACAUUCUGUACAUGCCCAAAGGCGCUCCUGUCUUUCCCCCGAUGUCCCAGCUAUGUAAGACUACGGAAGAGCUUGGCUUGUACUGGACCCUGCGUACCACACUUACGCGAGGCCCCGCACUCUGCCUAUGCCUAGGGGCACCCCCGUCCCCCAUGGCUUCACCACGCCUGCCCCUCCGCUUGACUUUCCCCCCUGCUUCGCCCACCCCGUCCCGCACCUGCUCGGCUGUCAUGGGCUUGGCGGCGCCUCCUCCGCCGGAAGGAGCCGCCGGGCCGCUUUUGCUCUUGCCGCUCUCCGCCAUCUUCCUUCCCAGGCUGAGAGAGGAAGAAACGCGCAGCGCGAGCCUAACGGCACUCCAACUUCCGGGGGCCGGAGACCACGAGCGCGCUCGUGACCGGAAGCUGAGAAGAGUGGUCCAGGAACAUCCGCAGACCUUGCUCAAGGGCUUCUUCCUUCCCAGGCCCUGGAAGCAGUUUUGGCAGAUCAAAAGCCAAACACCUGGCCAUAGACUCUCUGCUGCCCCCUGUGGAUACAGAGCCAUGUCUGCAGGUGCCAGACCCCUGAAGCCACUCAUCGCAGUCUGCCAGGCGACCUCGACCCCCGACAAAGACCAUAACAUGGAAUGCUGUUCACGCCUCAUCCAGGAGGCCGCCCAGCGGGGCGCCUGCGUCGUCUUCCUCCCUGAAGCUUUUGACUUCAUUGGCAGCAGCACGGAAGAGACCCUCACCCUGGCUGAGCCCCUGGAAGGAGAGCACAUCCAGCAUUAUGCCGGCCUAGCCAGAGAAUGUGGGGUCUGGCUGUCCCUGGGAGGUUUCCACGAGAGAGGCAGCGAUUGGGAGAGCACGCGCCGAAUCUACAACUGCCACCUCCUCCUGGAUCCCAAAGGAACCCUGGUGGCAGCUUACAGAAAGACUCACCUCUGUGACGUGGAGCUGGAGGGACGGGUGUCCAUGAAGGAAAGCACCUUUACCAAUGCAGGUUGGGAGAUUGUGUCCCCUGUCAGCACCCCGGCUGGAAAGGUUGGCCUGGCCAUCUGUUAUGACCUACGUUUCCCAGAAAUGUCACUCGCUCUGGCCCAGGAAGGGGCAGAGAUUCUGACCUAUCCGUCUGCCUUCACGGUGACAACAGGCUCCGCCCACUGGGAGGUGCUGCUACGAGCUCGCGCCAUCGAGACCCAGUGCUACGUGGUAGCAGCCGCUCAGACAGGCAAGAACCAUGAGCGCCGCACCUCCUACGGCCACGCCAUGAUAGUGGACCCCUGGGGCAGCGUCAUCGCCCAGUGCCAAGAGGGACCGGGCCUCUGCUAUGCCGAGAUUGAUCUGGCUUACUUGCGCCGCAUCCGGCAGGAGAUACCGGUCUUUCGCCACCGCCGGACCGACCUCUACGGCCGGGUGGCCCCCCUGAAGAGCCCUGCAACGUCAUGA